AUGUUGGCACGCUCGGUGAAGAGACUGACACAGAUCUGUGUGCUGACGGCUCAGGAUGCGGACGCUGGUUUAAACGGUCUCAUCACAUACGCCAUCCUGGCUGGAGAUCAGGGGCAUUUCAUAAUCAGCAACCGCACUGGACGGAUCACGUUAGCACCAGGGGUCACCCUGACUGUUGGCCGUUCCUACGCACUGACCGUUAGAGCGUCAGACAAUGCUCCGGACUCAGAGAGGAGGAGCUCCAUAACUACGGUCUACAUAGAGGUUCUCCCGCCCAACAAUCAGAGUCCCCCACGAUUUCCCCUACAGACCUACAACCUAGAGAUCAGUGAGGCCAUGAGAAUAGGAGCCAUACUGGUAAACCUACAGGCUACAGACCGUGAGCUGGAUCCGAUCACCUACAAGAUAGAUAGCGGUGAUCCGCAGCAGGUCUUCAACCUUUCACGAACUAUAGGUCUCCUGCUGCUGGCCAAACCUCUGGACAGAGAGACUAUUGACCAGUAUCGGCUGAUCGUCACUGCUUCUGAUGGCCAGCCAGGAGGGACUUCCACUGCCACCGUCAGCAUUGUCGUCACAGAUGUUAAUGACAACGACCCCACCUUUGACCUCACUUUGCCCACAAACCUGACAGUGAAGGAGGAAGAGGCCAAUGUGUUUGUGGGUCAAGUCAGGGCCACUGAUCCUGAUGCCGGACUCAACGGUCAGGUCCGAUACCGGCUGCUCACCUUUGUGUCUCUGUUCACCAUAAACGCCACGGGCAGCAUCUUCACAGCUGUGCCGUUGGACAGAGAGACUCGCAGCCGAUACGAUCUGAUCGUGGAGGCGUCAGAUGGGGCGGUUGACCCCCGCAGGACCACCAUCACGCUGCUGGUGGAGGUGAUAGACAUCAAUGACAACAGCCCAGUGUUUUCCCUGCCCACCUACACAGUCAACGUCCCAGAGAACACCCCGGCUGGAACCGUCAUCCUGAGACUCAGUGCGGUGGAUGCUGAUCUCGUCUCUAACGUGACCUACAGAAUAAAAACAGAAGCGGCUCGGCAGCUCUUCAGCGUGAACCGCCUGACCGGCGCCGUAUCAGUCCUGCAGGCGCUAGACUUUGAGGACUUGGAAGCAGGAAACAGCACCUACACGUUUGAAGUGGAGGCGUUAGAUCACGGAGGAGUCCUCCCUCCUGGAACGGCUACGGUCAUCGUUAGAAUCACGGAUAUGAAUGAUUUCUCCCCGGUCUUCAGACAGGCUCUUUAUAAAGGGCUGGUGGCUCCAAAUGCAGAGAAGGGGACAAUCAUCACAACUGUGUUUGCUGAAGAUCAGGAUCCUCCAGGUACGCUUGCCAGUAAAGUGCGCUACAGAGUGGAUCAGGAUCUGUCACCAUACAGUGGAAGUAUCUUUGAUGUAGAGACUGACACAGGAAGAGUUAUCACCAAAGUCAACCUGAAUGAGCAACCCAACACCAUUUUCAAGCUGGUGGUCAUCGCCUAUGAUGAUGGAGAGCCGGUGAAGAUGAACAGAACCACUGUGGAAAUCACUGUGCUUCAGCCCUCCAGGAUUCCCAUCUUCACUGAGGAAGAGUACAGAUUUAGUCCGGUGAGUGAGAACGCUCCUGUCGGGACGCCUGUGGGAUUGAUUCUGGCCGUAGCUGUCAACACCACCGUCUUUUACUCUAUAGUGGGUGGAAAUGAUGGAGGUGUGUUCAGAGUCAAUAACCGCACCGGGAUCAUCUACACAAAUAAAUCUCUGGACUACGAGACUGUGAUCAGUUAUGUACUUCGUGUGCAGGCCGAUUCCCUUGAGAUCAUCCUUGCCAACCUACGCGCUCCCUCCAAAACAAACACAGCUAAGGUAUUUAUCGACGUUCAGGAUGAGAACGAUCAUCCUCCUGUCUUCACAAGGUCUCUUUACAUCGGUGGUGUGACUGAAGACACUAAGACCUUCACCACAGUACUGAAAAUUGUGGCUACAGAUAUCGACACUGGAAACUACAGUAAGAUGGCCUACAGACUGAUCAUCCCUCCCGCGCCCGAGGGGCAGGACAGUUUCGUCAUUGAGCCGUACACUGGCAUCAUCAAGAGCGCCAUCAUGUUCAGAAACAUGCGCCGAUCCUACUUCAAGUUUCAGGUCAUCGCUACGGACAACUACGGGCAGGGGCUGAGCAGCAGGGCUGAUGUGGUGGUGUCCGUUGUGAAUGCCUUGGACAUGCAGGUUGUGGUCUCUAAUGUGCCGCCCACUGUGGUGGAAGAGAAUAAAGAGCAGCUGAUUAGUAUUUUGGAGCGCUAUGUGCAAGAUCAGAUCCCUGGUGCUAAAGUGAUAGUGGAAUCGAUCGGCCCUCGGCGGCAUGGAGAAGGUUAUGAACUUGAAGACUACUCCAAAUCAGAUCUGCAGGUGUACGCCAUCGACCCUCUCACCAACAGAGCAAUCUCCAGACAAGAGCUCUUCAAGUUCCUAGAUGGGAAGAUUCUGGACAUCAAUAAAGAGUUCCAGCCGUACCUGGGCGAGGGUGGGCGGAUUCUGGAGAUCCGUUCUCCUGACAUUGUGGCGAGUGUGAAGAAGGCUGCACAGGCGGUGGGCUACACAGAGGGGGCGCUGUUGGCGCUGGCCAUAAUCAUCAUACUGUGCUGCAUCCCUGCUAUUCUUAUCAUUAUGGUGACAUACAAACAAUUCAAAGAGAGGCAGGCCGAGUGUGCCAAAACUGCCCGGAUCCAGAAGUCACUUCCUACUGCCAAAUCGACAGGAGGUGGCGCACCGACCAAUCUCUACGAGGAACUGGGAGACGGCGGCAUAAGGCGGCGGAAGUCUGUAAUCGAGGAGGUGGAUCGACAGAGUCUCAUAAGAACCUUUGCCUCUCGUGCAAUCGCAGUCUACAAACAGUGUGCCGGAAACGGAAGGUUUUGCAACAAGCUGCCCAAAUCAGAGAACACAGUCACCUUCCUCUCAGAUGAACGGCCUCUCACCACCCAAAAUAUACUUUUCCAGGAUGGAGCAUCCAGCAGUCCAGAGCCCAACUCUGAGGUUUUCAGGGUUUCUGGAUUUUUGGACAGUGACUCUCCGUCUUCAACAAGGCCAUGCAGCCAGAUAACUUCUUGGUCCUUGCCGUCCCAUUUUCGAGGGUCAGGACUUUAUGAUGCUCGGCCCCGAAAGGGUCUCUGGGACCCCUCUGAAUGGGAGGAGCAAGAGCUAAAGGCGGGGCUUAAGGACAGUAGGGAAGAACUUGAUGCAGAUCUAGAUCAGAGUGGUUGUUGCACAGAAACAAAGCUGUCUGUCAGAGAACAGGCUAGACAGUUUGAGCAGCAAGCUUUAGCCGAGCGGACGCCCAGACAGAGCCGGGACUCUUACGCAUCUCUGGAUCUGGACGACCCGCUACUAACCGCCAUCAUGCUGUCGUCUAGUCCAAUUUCUGUCGGCAAAGACAUCCCACCCUGCAUUAUCAUCCCCGGGGACGAUGGCGAGACUCCUCCCCCUCCCGCGGCUCAGCGGCCCACUCCACCCGUCCUGAGGAAGUUCAGCUCCAGUAUCUCCAAUUACAUGACAGUUGAGCCUUGUGAAAUCACUUUGGAAUUCAUAUCAGACUCUCCGGACAGCUCCCCACCCCUUCUGCCUGUCCCACUCCGUUCUUUUCUUUCUCCUCCACCUUUGCAACAGGAUUUCACCCCACCACCAAGCCCAACUCCCAUUCAGCCUCCUGAACUCCCAGUUCAGUCUCCGACUCCUACUCCUAAACUUAGAGGGAUCCUCAAGAACACAAGCCGAUCCACCGGCAGCCUGAAAGAUGAGUGCAGUUGCGAAGGAGGAAGUAAAGACUCCAAGAAUGUUGUGCUAAAAGAACCAGAAUCUAAACAGGACAAAAUAUAUGCCAGCCAAUCAAAAGCUGACUCUUCUACUCAGCUCUCAAACCAACCAAUCCCAGAGGAAUGAGAUACUUUGCCCACUUCAGGCCUUGGUUUCUGAAUGAACUGGAACUCUUUUCAUAUCUUCUUUCUUAAACCUCCUCCAACUGUUUCAUCGUUUACUUUUUUGAGGGCACUUUACUUUGAGAGCACUUUAUAAUCUUCACUUCAAC